AUGCCGGACGUUUCCCUUCGGUACUUGAUCACCGAUCCGGACACGUGGCGCGGUACGUUUUGGUGCCUCAUGGGUCUCAUCCUGGCGCGUGUCACGGCGAGUGCGGCGGUGGAAGCCUACCGCCGCGUCCAACUCGCACGCCAUCUCCAGGCCUAUCCCUACGCACGCGUCGUCCCGCUCCGGACUCGCGGCGCGGCACCGCACCACCACACAAUCGUCCAUCGUAUCCUCUGGUGGAUGCUGGAAUUCGUCGGGGCUAUUCUACGCGUGAUUGCGGCCGGAUGUAUGGUACUGUGGCGCGCCGGGCAGCGUGCCUGGCGGCGGCAGGGGAGCAGGCGCCCCCACGGCCCCGUCGUUCCCACGGCUGUCGUCCCUCCCUCCGUCUUGAAAUCGAAACAAUCACGAAGCCGUAGUGAACGACCGUCGGUACGGAGUCAGUCCGUUCUCUUUGCCCAACACACCAACGGAGUCGUCAAGACGACCGAGUACUAUUACAAUCCCCGAGCCACGCCGAAUCAGCGCGUCCCGGCCCAACCAUCCAUCACGCCACCGCGGCACGAACUUCCAGUGGAACACCGGGAACCGACCCCGGGGAGUCCGGAAGCAACAAAUGCCCUCCGCUCCGUCUUUCCUUCGUCCACUGCCAGCAGCACUACCACCACGUCCAUCAUGGAACACUCCCCGAGUCGACACCAUAUCAAGGCGGCUCUACCACUUUCCGAACAAUGGCGCAAACGCCGUCUCGCUGGCGAAGAUGCCCUUUUGCCGGCGUUGAAACGAGUUGUUGGUCACGGGGGUGGGAUCACCGUGGGGGUCAGUCCGACGCGGGGACGCCUCGGGGCUUCGCGAUCGUCGCGAGCCGUGCCGACCCCCCUCUCGGACAAGGUCCGUCACGCCCGCGAAGCGCGCAUUUGGGAAAGUUUGAAUCGGAAACGGCCCGUUCCGGACGCGAACGAUACCCAAGGUCGGGCUGCCAAAAAGGUGGCCUUCGGACCCACGAUGCCUACCGCUAUUGCACCGUUGGCAGCGGAACCCACCCCGGCCCCCCGGUCCAGUAUUUCGUUCGGUACAUCACUGACUGACGUCACCCCAAAGCCAGACGCGGCCCCCACUACUGCGGCACCGCAACCGGCGUUCGUAUUUGGAUCCACAUCGGAUACAACACCCGCACCCGGUCCGACAACGGCGUCACAGCCGGCCUUUGCUUUUGGAUCCACAUCGGAUACAACACCCGCACCCGGUCCGACGACGGCGUCACAGCCGGCCUUUGCUUUUGGAUCCACAUCAGAAACAACACCCGCACACGGUCCGACGACGGCGUCGCAGCCGGUGUUUGCUUUUGGAUCCACACCGGGCACAACGCCCGCAAUUGGUCCAACGACGGCGUCGCAGCCCGCGUUUGUAUUUGGAUCCACACCGGGCACAACGCCCGCACCUGGUCCGACUACGGCCCCGCAACCGGCGUUCGUAUUUGGAUCCACACCGGGCACAACGCCCGCACCCGGUCCGACUACGGCCCCGCAACCGGCGUUCGUAUUUGGAUCCACACCGGGCACAACGCCCGCACCUGGUCCGAUUACGGCGUCACAACCGGCGUUCGCCUUUGGAUCCACGCCCGCGCCGACAUCAUCGCCCGCACCUGGUCCGAUUACGGCGUCACAACCGGCGUUCGCCUUUGGAUCCACGCCCGCGCCGACAUCAUCGCCGUUACCAACCACAACGUCGGUACCGCCGACGUUUGCCUUUGGAUCGGCCGUAGCCGAUACCACUGCUGCUCCUGUCACUGGCUUUGGAGCGACUGCUAGCUUUGGUGCACCGGCACCAGUGAGUGGUGUAUCGUUUGGGAGUAGUACUCCCACCGCGGGAGGAGCGAGUGCCCGGCGUCGUGCCGCACGCCGCGGACGCCGGUAA